GAGGCGGAGGGAGGCAACCCGCGGGGAGGCGGACGCCGGACGGACGGAAGCAGCCAAGCGGAUGGCUUCAAUGGUAGGACUCCAACAUUUCCACUCAACAUGUUGCUGAGAGGAUGAAUGAGGUCACACUCGGGACACACUAGCGUACAACACCAGACGAGUAUUUCUUUUUCCCUGUACAACGAAUUUUGAGCAUUUCACCUAACACGUCGACCCGUCAUGGACGAAGGCGGCUUCGCGUUGCCCGAAUUGAAGGACCUGGAGACCAAGUUGGGUCGCAAAGUUCCCGAAAGCCUCGUUCGCUCGCUCGUGGGGGGCAGACACGACAAGGCGACACCACCGGCGGCGCGUCCCGGACACAAUUCUGCGGACUUUGACCGGCUGGAGGGCAAAAUUUUCUACCUCAAACAAGAAAUGGCCAACCUACGCGCCAUCGACGUGAAACUGAUGCAGCAGCUGAUAUCCAUCAACGAAGGUAUCGAGUCCAUCCGCUGGGUGAUGGACGACAAAGGCGACGACACGGUCAGCCAAGAUGGCAGCCUGUCCAGCAGCCUGUACAGCUUGUCCGAUAGCCAGGACGGCGGCUCGUUGCCGGGCAGCCUCAGCAGCCUGAACGACGCCAACAGCGACGAGCUGGACGCGCUGUCGGUGGGCAGCUACCUGGACACGCUUGCCGAGGACCUCUCGGAUGACCCUUCGCCCAGCGACCUGGACUGCUUGGUGGAUAAAUCCGUAAUCAACGGGGACGCCUUCUGCAAAUCCCCAGUGAAACUGAGGGCGGAAUCGGAUGAAUACUACUGCUUUGGAUAAUGAUAAUUCUCGUAGACAUAUUUACCAUUUUAUGUGUGUGGUCUCAAAUUAACUUUGCUGACUCAUCCCCGUGGGACUUUUUGUUUUACUUUGAAACUUGCCGCACCUCACCAAACCACUCUCCGUCACGCCCUUAUUUUCUUUGUUCUUCUUACAGCUGCGUCUUUCGGUUCCGUCAGGUGCAAAUGUCAUAUUUAUUUACCACCAUUUUAUUUAUUUACCUCAGAUUUGGUGCUGUUGUUACUGGUUUAGUACUGUUACAGCUGGGGAACAUACCUGCUUAGACAGUAACGGUACCUUGGAGUUUUUGGGGGUAACGUGAAAGAAAAAAAAAAACAUUGUUCCCUUUAAAGGGUUUGUUUUUGGUGAGUCUAAUCUAAUGUGCUUUUGUAGCCUUGGUACUUGACCUUUAGAGUCUGGGAACAUACUCUUACCAGGUGCCUCCCAGUAUCUCGGACUCCAGUAUUUUGAUCUGGUGCGCUGGCGUCACAGUUUGGUCUUUCAGACCUUGACAAUAGUUUUUUGCGGCCUAUACGUUUUAAACGGGACCUUUUAAAGUCGUCUUAAAGAGAUUUGACCUGAUUUUCCGAGUCACUCGUAAAUUUCACGUGUAACGUGUCACUGCUCUCAUAGUUACUUCUACAUUUGGGAUAUACCUUGUAUCUUUUAAGGAUCGGAAACGGUACCUCAAAAUCCUUUUAAGCCUUAAGCCGUUUAAAUCUUUACCCGAGUUUUCUGAUGCCUACACGGCAAAGAAAAUUCGUUGUAAUUUUUUUAAGGGCUACCUUUACAUUUGUCACUUCCGCCACUUGACCUUUCACGCUUGUGGUCAUGCCUCUGUCCUUCCAUAAAGGCUACAAGGCAUGAUUUAAGAGUGCAAUAAAUACCCCAGCGCACUAGUGUAGAUUUGUUACGAGUCGAAGCGGGUUAUCUCGACUUCUCUCUAAGCUUCAAUCAUCAGUCACCCUCAGACAACUUCAGCAAAGAAGAAGAUUAGGAUUGAAAAGCCAUUUGGACAAUUGGACGCUGCUUGCUGAGUGAUACAAGACGCUUCAACUUGAAUCUAAAGCAAGAGCAGAAGGACUUUGUAGUCAAAGAACCUAAGCUUGACUGAAAAGAAAAACAAUUUGAUUGUCUGGUAGAUAACAUUAGCCCAAAGCGUUGGGGGAGUUGUUGACGUCCGACACGUGUGAAACACAUGUCAGCACUUUUCCAAAUGUCCUUUGUUAACGCUUUGUACAUCAUGUUUUUUUUGUUUUUAGGCUUUACAUUGUGUCAAUCGCCGCCUUCUUUUGUAACGAUUGGCAAUGUUGUCGAGCAAAUGACAUGAUAAUACAUUGUGAUUUGUUACCCAA